AUGGGAUGGGUGCCCGACGAGUGGCAUAUCGACCACGACACACUCAUAGACGCCGGCGGAUAUGUGCAAAAGUUGCAAAUGUAUCCGUACUUUGACACUGCACACUAUGUACUGGUGCGUUUAGCGGGAAACAUUUUAAAUUCGCCAAACUUUCCACUUUCUCUCUAAGAAUGUUGUCACUUGCUCGAAUACCAGAAAAUCGCCUUGCUUUUUUAAAUUCUAAAAAACUGAAUAAAAUCUUGCAGACAUGUCUAUCGGUGCGUCAAGACCUGGGCGCGGAGGCGAUCCAAUUCUCGCGGCGGCACCCGUUCUCGUGCUGGCUCUCCUGCAUGCUCAUGUCGUUCGCCGGCUCGUUUCUCUCGUGUUUUCUGCUCGGCGACCCAGUCAUCACGCCCCUAAAGCGGCACGACGACGUGAUCCUUGGCUCCGUCAUCUGGUACCUCGUCUUCUAUUCGCCGUUCGACAUCAUCUACAAACUCUCUAACGUAUUCCCCGUCAAAUUAACGCUCGCGGUGCUCAAGGAGAUUCAGCGAGCGCAUAAAAUCGCGGCGGGAGUCAAGCACGCGAGCCGGCUCUAUCCGGAGUCGUAUUUGGUGCAGAUUCUGGUGGGCGUGGCCAAGGGCGCCGGCUCCGGAGUCGUCAAGAUCGUGGAGCAACUGGCGAGGGGCACGUGGAUGCCCUCCAGCCACGAGAUCCUCCGUCCCUCGUUUACCACCAAAGCAUGCGUCAUCGCCUCGCUCGUUUUAACGCUCGAACGGCACAGUAUGUACGUGACCGCCCCGCACGAUCUCGUCUAUUUGGUCAGUUGUUCGAGGAUGAUAGAAAAAUGGUAAAAAGUUAAUUUACAGUGCGUGGUGAGUUUCUUCGUCUACUUUAAACUGGCGUCGCUGAUAUUGUCGGUGCACGACGUGCUGCUGCCGAUCGAGAACAUUCUGUGCGCCGUCUUCAUGGGCGGCAUCAUCGACGCGUUCGCGAAGGCCGUCGACGCCACCAGAAAGGCGAUUCAAAGCAAUCGGACACUUUCGGACGAGGAGAUUCUCGCGAAGGAACGCGAGAAAUUACUGAGGAAGAAGAAGGCGUUGCAGCCGACGAACGGAGUGGAGAACAAGAAGAAUAACUGA